AUGGAAAACCAUGACACCCCUGAUAAGUCCAUACCGUCGGAAUCACACAUGGCAGAGAUGAAGAUCUUUAGGUCACUGGCGGCCCCUGACACAGAAAUCCGAGAAGCCCAAAGUGCAGAAACCCUCGCGGCCCUUCACGACGGCAUUACCCCUCCCUCGGGCCACAAUACAGAAUGGCGCAUGGCACCUCAAGUGAUCCGGAGUCAGGAGCGUGAUGCUGCCACAGGGUUCAAGAAAAGAGAGUUAGGCGUGACCUGGACGAAUCUGAGCGUGGAAGUUCCAGCCGCGGAAGCGGCGGUCAAUGAAAACCUUUUGUCCCAGUUCAACGUUCCUCAACUCAUCAAGGACUUCCGCCAAAAACCGCCGAUGAAGUCGAUUUUGACAGAAAGUCAUGGCUGCGUGAAACCAGGGGAGAUGCUUCUUGUACUAGGACGGCCUGGGUCUGGUUGCACCACCCUACUAAAGGUGCUUUCCAACCGCCGUCAAGGCUACCGUGCUGUGAAAGGCGAUGUGUGGUUUGGAAACAUGAGCCCGGAAGAUGCGGCUCAGUAUCGAGGCCAAAUUGUGAUGAAUACCGAAGAAGAGUUAUUCUACCCGCGGUUGACGGUUGGUCAGACUAUUGAGUUUGCAGCGAAACUCAAAGUCCCUUUCCAUCUUCCAAAUGGUGUAAAGUCAGCGCAUGAAUACACCGCCGAGACUAAGCAAUUUCUCUUAGAAUCCAUGGGAAUCGCACAUGCCGCUGACACUAAAGUGGGAAAUGAGUUUGUUCGUGGUGUUUCAGGAGGUGAACGAAAGCGUGUAUCAAUUAUUGAAUGCAUGGCAACCAAAGGCUCAGUCUUUAGCUGGGACAACAGUACGCGUGGCCUUGAUGCUAGUACAGCGUUAGAAUGGGCCAAGGCCUUGAGAGCGAUGACCAAUGUGAUGGGGCUUUCGACUAUAGUGACACUGUAUCAAGCAGGGAACGGUAUAUAUAACCUGUUCGACAAAGUCCUUGUGCUAGACGAAGGCAAACAGAUAUACUAUGGUCCUGCGGCCGCAGCUAAGCCAUUUAUGCAAGACUUGGGCUUUGUGUAUACGGACGGAGCCAAUAUAGGUGACUUCUUGACUGGAGUUACGGUUCCUACGGAGCGGAGGAUUCGACCUGGAUAUGAAAAUACGUUCCCUAGAAAUGCCGAUGCUAUUCUUGCCGGGUAUAAAAAAUCUAUGAUCUACGACCGCAUGGUGUCUGAAUAUGACUACCCUACAACGUCCAUAGCACGCGAGCGAACAGAAGCAUUCAAGGAAUCUGUUGCCUUCGAAAAAUCCAAUCACCUGCCGAAGGGUAGCCCUCUUACCACUGGCUUUGGGAAGCAGGUAAUGGCAUGUACAAUACGACAAUACCAAAUCCUCUGGGGUGAGAAAUCCACUUUCUUAAUCAAGCAGUUCCUGUCACUUGCUAUGGCUUUGAUAGCUGGGUCAUGCUUUUAUAAUUCUCCCAAGACCUCUUCUGGCCUCUUUACCAAAGGUGGUGCUGUUUUCUUCUCAAUCCUAUAUAACUGCAUUGUGGCCAUGUCCGAAGUCACUGAGUCUUUCAAAGGACGGCCGGUCUUAGUGAAGCACAAACUUUUUGCCCUGUACCAUCCGGCGGCCUUCUGCCUAGCACAAAUUACAGCAGACUUUCCGGUGCUACUCUUCCAGUGCACGAUAUUUUCCGUGGUGAUUUAUUGGAUGGUCGGAUUAAAAGCUACAGCAGCUGCUUUCUUUACUUUCUGGAUCAUCCUCUUUUCAACAACGUUGUGUAUCACGGCCAUGUUUAGAUGCAUUGGGGCCGGAUUUAGUUCCUUCGAAGCUGCCUCGAAGAUUUCAGGCACAAUCGUGAAGGGAAUAGUCAUGUACGCCGGCUAUAUGAUCCCUAAACCUAAGAUCAAGAAUUGGUUUUUGGAAUUGUACUACACCAAUCCUAUGGCCUAUGCAUUUCAAGCCGCCCUAUCUAACGAAUUCCAUGACCAAUAUAUUCCCUGUGUUGGUAACAAUCUGAUUCCGCAAGGCCCCGGGUAUGAUAAUGUUAGCCCUGCCAAUAAAGCCUGUGCCGGAGUUGGUGGUGCUUUGGAAGGAGCAGAUUACGUGACCGGCGAUCAAUACCUUGCAUCUCUGCACUAUAAGCAUUCGCAGCUUUGGCGAAACUUCGGAGUAGUUUGGGCGUUCUGGGGGCUUUUUACUGUCCUCACCAUUAUCUUCACUUCGUUUUGGAACGCGGGUGCAGGCUGUAGUGCUUCUCUGUUGAUUCCACGCGAAAAGCUCAAGCGACACCAGCGCAAUUCAGAUGAGGAGUCGCAGGUUAAGGAAAAAGAACAGUCCAGGCAAGGUUCAGUUGGGGAUUCUUCCAGUGAAGGGCAUGAAAACCUCGUCCGCAACACAUCAAUUUUCACAUGGAAGAACCUUUCAUACACUGUCAAAACCCCUUCUGGCGAUCGGGUCUUGCUGGAUAACAUCCACGGGUGGGUCAAACCAGGCAUGCUUGGAGCACUAAUGGGAUCCUCAGGCGCAGGAAAGACAACAUUGCUGGAUGUCCUUGCACAGCGAAAAACCGAGGGCACAAUUAAAGGGUCUAUUAUGGUUGACGGUCGCCCAUUGCCUGUUUCUUUUCAAAGAAUGGCCGGGUACUGUGAGCAAUUGGACGUCCAUGAACCCUAUGCCACAGUUCGAGAAGCGCUGGAGUUCUCUGCCCUAUUGCGUCAACCACGAACAACCCCGAAAGAAGAAAAGCUUCAAUACGUUGACACUAUUAUCAACCUGUUGGAACUUCAUGACCUCGCUGACACCCUAAUUGGCAGUGUGGGUAGUGGUCUUAGUGUCGAGCAGAGAAAACGCGUGACAAUUGGCGUUGAGCUUGUAUCGAAGCCAAGCAUUCUUAUAUUCCUGGACGAGCCCACGUCGGGACUGGAUGGACAGUCUGCAUACAAUACGGUUCGAUUCCUCCGAAAGCUGGCUGAUGUUGGCCAGGCGGUAUUGGUUACUAUCCAUCAACCCUCCGCCCAGCUAUUCGCACAGUUUGACACUCUCCUCCUCUUGGCCCGAGGAGGCAAAACUGUCUACUUUGGAGAUAUUGGCGAUAAUGGACAGACCAUUAAGGAUUAUUUUGGCAAAUAUGGAGCACAUUGUCCUACUGAGGCCAAUCCCGCCGAGUUUAUGAUCGACGUGGUCACCGGAGGCAUUGAGAGCGUGAAGCAUAUGGACUGGCAUAAUGUCUGGCUUGAGUCCUCUGAGCAUGAGGCUAUGGUCACUAAGCUUGACCAAUUGAUAUCUGAAUCCGCCUCUAAACCACCCGGCACCAUUGAUGACGGUCAUGAGUUUUCCAUGCCGCUUUGGGAACAGACUAAGACUGUGACCAAUCGAAUGAACGUGGCAUUGUAUCGCAACACUAAAUAUGUCAACAAUAAGUUCUCCUUGCAUAUUAUCUCUGCCUUGCUGAAUGGUUUCUCCUUUUGGAGGUUAGGCCACCACGUGUCCGACUUGAAUCUAAAGAUGUUUACGGUCUUUAAUUUUGUCUUCGUCGCUCCGGGAGUGAUCAACCAACUCCAACCCCUGUUUAUCCAGCGGCGUGAUAUCUACGACACGCGAGAGAAAAAGUCCAAAAUGUACUCAUGGGUGGCCUUUGUCACAGGAUUGAUUGUGUCAGAGUUUCCUUAUCUCUGCGUGUGCGCUGUUUGGUAUUUCCUCUGCUGGUACUACUGCACCAAGCUGCCUCAUAAUUCCAACAAGGCAGGCGCUACUUUCUUUAUUAUGCUUAUCUAUGAAUUUGUUUACACUGGCAUUGGCCAGUUCAUCGCAGCAUACGCGCCGAAUCCUACAUUUGCUGCAUUGGUGAACCCCUUGGUCAUCAGCACACUGGUUCUAUUCUGCGGUAUCUUCGUGCCUUACGCCGAGCUGAAUGCGUUCUGGAAGUACUGGCUGUAUUACCUGAACCCUUUUAACUAUGUUGUUGCGGGCAUGUUGACCUUCGACAUAUGGGAUUCCAAGGUGACCUGCAGCGAGAACGAGCUCGCUAUAUUCGAUCCUGCCAACGGCACUUGUGCGGAGUAUCUCAAGGACUACAUUGCAAAGGCCGGUCGAAGCAUCAAUUUAAUCAACCCGGAUGCCAGGUCUAACUGCCGGGUCUGCCAGUACAAACGAGGAAGUGAUUUCCUGAGGACGCUCAACAUCAACCAUUACUACUAUGGCUGGCGGGAUGUAGGCAUUUCGGUGAUUUUUGCUAUAAGUGGAUACGCGCUGGUUUUUGGUCUGAUGAAACUUCGAACGAAAGCGUCUAAGAAAGCUGAAUAG